AACGUUGCAUUCGCAGCAGUUGCUGCAAUCGCUCGAAAGAGUCUAAGAAUCAAGAAAGGGUGAGCCGUUAUACUCGUUAGAAUAGUACGGUACUGUACGGUAUAGUUACUUGCCAGCAAUAAUUCGUUUUAUCAACCAGGUUCAUCUCUUUGUUUAGCAUCCACUAUCCUGCAACAGAGAACGCAAUGGUUUGCGAUCUUCCUCAUCCGCGUCUUCUUCUUUGUCCUCUAGCUAGCUAGCUUGUACCGUAGUCGUCACUCACGAUGGAAGGGGUUUUCGCGACAUUCACAGUCUGGCCGCCUCCCGGCGGCCUGUCGCAGUCGCGACAACCAGAAUUUUUCGCGCCAGUUAAUCUUGUUGAGAGACAAGCAUGGAUGGAGAAAAGAGCCCAAACAGCGAGUUUCUUCGCUGCGCUGUCUGCUGAUCUUCUCCUAACUAAUAACGGUUCCGGUAGACUAUUCUUGACAAGCAACAAGUCUUGACGAUUGACGAUUGCAGCGGACAGCUCCAGAAGGGGUUGUCUGGAUCGUUGAUAAGUUCGUUGCUCUGCAGGACUCGACAGUUUGAGGAAAGCUCUGGCUGGCUAGUAGGAGUUAAGCAUUCGCCUAUUAAAAUACAAUGGACAACCCUUUUGGAAAAUGCGGCUCCGUUCCAUCGGUGAUGAGACAAGAUGCCCAGCGCCGCGCUGCUGCCAUGGCCAGCCCUUGCAACAGUGAUCUUGAAAGUAACAGUAUCUUCAGCGAUCAAUCUGCCAUUCCAGCUUCCCCUCACCCAUUAGUCGAUGAAGGGCAGAUCCCCUUUGCUUCGCCAGAAAUGGCCCAACAGGCCCGCAAAGAUUGGAAAACUCACGGAGGAAAUUUGACUCAAGCCCUCGAAGACAAGAGACUCCAGACCGAAAACCAACUGGGAGGAGAUCCCUUGUCACGACAGCCCGGGAGCCUCGUGGUCCGAGUUAUUUCGGCCCAAAAGCGUGUCGACCUGAGUGGUGCCAAGUACACGGCCUAUGUUAUCCGGGUCCAGUUUACCAACCCAGCUUCACCAGAAAACAACAACCCUUCGGUCUCCAGCACGCUUGUGGAACACCGGUAUUCCGAAUUCGACAAGGUGAAUGCGAUUGUGAAAAAACAUCAGAUUCAACUCGACAAUAGCGCCUCGUUUCCAGGCAAAAGCUGGGCUGGUCGGGUUGGUAACUGGACUCCAAGCCUUACCCUGGCCCCCGAAAAGCACGAUGAACUCAUCAAUUAUCGAGUGAUUCAACUCGAUUGCUGGUUGGUUCAUAUCGUGAGUAUGUACAACCAAGGGAUUCUACCCAUGGAAUUGGCACAAACUCUCUAUGACUUCUUGGUGGCGCCCAGCAAACCUCCUUGCGAGAAUAACAAUGAUAUUGAAAACAGGUCGUCCUAUCAAUACUACAAUCCAUUGUCCUUCACUUUGGGAUCUGGCAUUCGACAAGCUACAAGGACAGUCCAAUAUAUGUGCCGAGACCCCUACAAGCUGAACCAGAGUGAUCAGAGCAUCCCACUCGAUCUCUUGCACGCGGCAAAAGGACUCUGUUUCCUAACUGUUGUCAAAGCCGGUCUUAUGAUCAGUGGGCGAAUCGGAACGGGAGUGCUGGUGGCCCGCAUGGACAAUGGGAACAACACCCCGCAGAACAACCAGCCACUUCGUUGGAGUGCGCCCUGUGCCAUUGGAACUGUCGGUAUGGGAUGGGGUGCGCUGGCAGGGGCGGAUCUGACUCAUUACUUAGUCGUCCUGACCACCAAAAAGGCAGUGGAGGAUUUCUGUGGCGGUUCUUCGGUUCAACUUGGGGCCGAGAUGGGUGUUGCUGUGGGGCCAAUUGGUCGCGGAGCAAAUUCUCACCUAGCCACUGGAGACUGGACACUCCAUCCAGCCUAUGCUUAUGCACAUUCACAAGGGUUGUUUGUUGGAAUGAGCUUGGAAGGUAGUGUGGUGUCCGUUCGGAACGAUGUCAAUGCCAAGUUUUACGGUCAACAAGUUUCGCCCAAGGCUCUACUGAACACUCCAGGUCCCAAAGCUGCCGAGCCUCUUUACAAGGCUCUGAAUGGUGCGAUGCAAGAACAUAUUCCUGACGAAGGAUUCCGACCUAGUACUCUGUUUAAUGGAAAUGCCGCUGCUGGAUGCGAUGUUUAUCAAAACCAUCCACAGCGUCCAGUUUACUUGAAUCAGCAUUGUUCCUCGCCUCCACCUCCAGUCAUGCAAGUCCCAGGUUGUUUUGGACAUGCAGACACAGAUACGCCCCCACAACAAAUUGCUUCUGGGAGCAUGGAAUCUUAUCAAACUCACUCUCAUAUCCUUCCCGGAGGACACACGUACCAGCAACCCCAGUUUGGUUCAAUACGACCACAGACCAUUGAAACGAUGAAUCCAGGACCACAGCCGCUGUUUGAUGCAUCAUCGCCCGGCAGCGCUGGAGGUGGCUAUGCAAAUGGCUGGUAGCGAUGUCGAGUACAAGUUGGCAUGCGUGUGGCGACUGUGCCCCGCUCUAGUAUCGGUAGAGGCUGUAAAUAGUAGUUCAAAGAAGAAUUAAAUUGCUGCUGCGCCACUUUGCAAAUUGCCACAAGUCUCGAGCUGCUGAACGUACAAAUCAAGGACACACAGCCCAACCCAUGGGUCGCUGCAGUUUCUGGCACAAGAGUUAGCUCAACUUAUUGUGCCAUCCUGCAAUGGAUGGGACACAGGAAAUCAAGAACAUCCGAAUCCACAACAGAUCGGAAUCCCAAAGUGGCAAUACUCUGUGGCGACGAACUAACUGGUAGCAUCGCCUGGUCACAACGAUAAACAAAUGCUUCAGCAAGCUCGGUACCGCCAUCAGUGAAAGCGGAUGCUACAGCGCACAGGAGUUGUCACCGGUCCGGACCAGUUCUCACAACCUAUGCGCCCACCGGCACCCGAAAGCGAGCUACAGGGCAGGACAGUUGUUGGAGGUACCGACGGGUACGGUAGAUUGUGCCUUACCAUGACAUGGAAAGCUGAAAUGGCAAAGGCUUCAUUCGAUAGCUAGUGUGGUGCUCGAGCGAGCAGUAACUCUGCAUUUGCAGCAGUUGCUGAAAUUGAAAGAGCCUAAAGAAUAAAGCGAGGGCAAGAGGCGUUUUACCGUACUCGUUACUUGCCAGCCAUAAUGCGCUCGU